AUGAUUAGGCGUGGAAUUCCUGCGAAUAUUCUUCCCACUGCUUCACCUACUGCAGACAGUCCUCCUCCUGUUGCCCAAGUAACGCAAGGUGCGCAGGGUGCCCAAGAUGUACAAGGUACACCAGAUACACCAGAUACACUGAACAUACAAGAUACGCCAGAUACACAAGAUACACCAAACACACAAGAUACUCAAGAUACUCAAGAUACUCAAGAUACGCAAAAUCCAGUCGCAAACGCAAAUUCAACCGAACAAGAGGAUAAUACCACAGAAAGCAAUCAAAAUUCUCCAGAAACUUCACCGAGCGUAUCACCAUCAAACAAAUCAUCAUCGAACACAUCCCCAUCAAAUACAACCCCCUCAGAAACGAUUUCACCAGAAAACACAUCACUUUCCACCCCCGACAACACAGCUAACAUCGAAGACUCCUCUGAUAGCCUCUCUGGCGGCAGCAUAGCGGGUAUAUGCGUUGGAAUAGCCGCAUUCAUAGCCAUCCUCGUGUUAAUCAGCCUGGUAAUCUUCAAGAAGCGCAAGAGGCAGGAGAAGACUCUGCAGAGGGGUUCUAGGAUGCAAUUCACUGGCGAUCGCGGCCUUGUUGGACAAUCAAAUGCAAGUUUCGGCGGUGGACCCGUCAUACCAGAGGAGAUAACUUCGCCAACGCCUUUAGACAAUACGGUAGAGCGUUCAUCUGCCUACAUACCAAUGCCGAUUUCAAUCACGCAAGGACGAGAAGCUACCGCUACUACGCAGUUCGUUCCUAGUCUGCCAGAUGAGAUUAUGCUCAUACCAGGCGAUAAGGUGCAUAUUGUCAGGGAGUGGGAUGAUGGUUGGUGCUCCAUCCACCACUUGGCUAAGGGCAUGGAAGGGGUGUGUCCUAAGGAGGUGCUCGGGCUGACGAGCCAUGCUGACGAUUUUGCUGAUUCGCUGUCUCAAUUUAAUAAGAGAUUGUCUUUGUACGGAGUGCAGGAGGACGUGGAUAAGAGGAAAUCGUCAUUGAUAAAUGCACAGAUGGCACAGUAA